GCAUCCCAGCCACCGGAUCGGAAGUUGGUGAGCCGUUCAAAGAGGAGAAAGCUGUAGCCAAAUACCUACGUUUCAACUGUCCAACAAAAUCAACCAACAUGAUGGGCCACAGAGUUGAUUAUUUUAUUGCCUCCAAAGCUGUGGACUGCCUUUUGGAUUCCAAAUGGGCAAAAGCCAAGAAGGGAGAGGAAGCCUUAUUUACAACUCGAGAGUCUAUUGUUGAGUAUUGCAAUAGGCUUCUUAAGAAACAGUUCUUUCACCGAGCACUAAAAGUGAUGAAAAUGAAGCCUGAUAAGGACAUCAAGAAAGAAAAAGAAAAAGGAAAGGCUGAGAGUGGGAAAGAGGAUGAAAAAAAGAUCAAGAAGGAAAGUGGCAAAGAUGAAAAAACUAAGAAGGAGAAAGAGAAGGAAAAGAAAAAGGAAGGGGAGAAAGAAGAGUGCAAAAAGGAGGAGACCCCAGGGACACCCAAGAAAAAGGAAACAAAGAGGAAAUUUAAACUUGAGCCACAUGAAGAUCAAGUUUUCCUGGAUGGAAAUGAGGUGUAUGUGUGGAUCUAUGACCCGGUUCAUUUUAAAACAUUUGCCAUGGGACUUAUACUUGUGAUUGCUGUUAUAGCUGCAACUCUGUUCCCCCUGUGGCCUGCAGAAAUGCGAGUAGGGGUUUAUUAUCUCAGUGUAGGUGCAGGCUGUUUCGUGGCCAGUAUUCUCCUUCUUGCUGUUGCUCGGUGCAUUCUUUUCCUUAUUAUUUGGCUCAUAACUGGAGGAAGACAUCACUUCUGGUUCUUGCCAAAUUUGACAGCAGACGUGGGUUUCAUUGACUCCUUCAGGCCGCUGUAUACACAUGAAUACAAAGGACCAAAAGCAGACUUAAAGAAAGAGGAGAAAUUGGAGUCCAAAAAGCAGCCAAAAUCUGACAGUGAGGAAAAAUCAGAUAGUGAGAAGAAGGAAGAGGAAGAUGGAAGAGCUGAGGCAACAGGAAACUCAGGAACAGAAGGCUCAGGAGGAGAGCGGCAUUCGGACACAGACAGUGAUAGGCGGGAAGAUGACCGGUCACAGCAUAGUAGUGGAAAUGGAAACGAUUUUGAAAUGAUCACAAAAGAGGAACUUGAACAGCAAACAGAUGAAGGUGACUGUGAAGAGGAGGAGGAGGAGGAGGAGGAGGAGGAAGAAAAUAGGCCUUUGCAUGAAAAAUCAUAACUCUCAGUAGUUUGAGGACUGAAUAUGUGCAAAUGGUUGGAUUUUCUUUGUUGGCUGAUCUCCAAAAUGUAAACGUAUAGUAGCAUUCUUUCAAUUUGUUUGCUGAAAUAUACAUGUUAUCAAACAGUUUUAUAUCUAGUUCCCUCUUUUUUUUUUUUUUUUUUUUUAACCAUUAACUUGAUUACUUGGUACAUUUAUUAAAUAAUACAUUUACAAAAGUUUUACAAUCUGACAAGUUUUCUAUCGAUGUAUAGAUUGUCCAGGUAGUCCUCAAAUACUGAAGAAUAUAGUUUCCUUAAAGGCAUUUCCUGGUACUUUCAUAAUUGUUCCAUAAGUUUAGGCGUCUCCAAAUUGCUUUUGCAAAAUGGUAAAAGUUGAAUGACCAAAACUUCAGGUAGUUACUGGUAUAUUAAUUUGAUAGCUAGUUAGGUAAAGCACUUCUUUGUUUAUGGCUUUCUUGAUAUUUUUCUUGAUUUUCUUUUCCAGAAAAUUGUAAGAGAAACUAGUUUUAGCAAAAAAACCCAACAAAAAAAACCAACUUUGAAGUAUUUUGCUGGAGACCUACAAGUUGGUAGUACUGAUUUUGACUUCAGUGUUUUAUUUCUCCAAAUCAUGUGCCACCCACUUAAGAAAUGCAAACUUCGUAUAUCUGGUUCAGAGAACGAUGUCAUCUCCAGCAUGUGAAGGAAAUAGCACGGUUUGGAAAUCACGGCUGUUCUAUUUUCCCCAUCAUAAUAUAAGAAAAAAGUGUAUUCUGUACAGAAUUUACAAAUAAAACAAACCUUUUAUUUUGACUGCUACUUAGAAGUUUUAUCCCAAAUUCAGUUUGUAUGAUUAAAGUCAUUUCAGGGUGUAUUUUCCAGAGAAGUGCAAGUCAGAAAGACCUCACAGACAGUGUAUAGAUAUGCCCACAGGAGCUUUAGUUUCAUGCCAGCAUUCCAUAUAUUUGAGUACAAGUGAACUAAUCCUUAUUGAAUAAAAGCAAACAACUUAGAUGUGUGUAUGCCUUAAUGUUAAAACCUUCUGUUUUCACAAACUGGAGUACUGUAUUAUCUGAGUAGGUAUUGCUGUGAGAGAGUGUUCACCUGUUCAGAAGUACAGGUGGCAAAGCUAAUACAAAAGCUGACUAAGACCAAAUUGUUUUUCAAAUCCUAAAGCAGUCUGAAUGUGCUGUUUGUCUCAUGCUUUCCUUAUUUGCUAAAAUGUUGGAGAACGCUGUGUCUAGUUUUAGAAGUAUUAAAGAAGUUGAGGCUUGACAUCAUUCCUCUGAAUCGCUGAAAUAGUGAAUACAGAUUUAAUUAUUUCCUGAAUCCACCAGGAUGAAUUAAUGCUAGUUAUUGCUUGCAUUUUCAGUGUCUGACUUCCAGAUCUCUCUUGCUUUUUUCCAUUACAGUGUUUUGAAGUAAGAUGUUAAUUUUCGACUGUGCAAAUAUAUGUUUUGUGUGUGCACA